GUAAAUCUAGAUAAUAAAAUAAGUUCAACAAAAUUCGUACUUGUCGCGUUAUAUCUAUUACGCUUUGCUAUUAUUAUUUUAUAUAAAAGUUAAUCAAUGCUGUUCGUUGGAUCAGUAGUUGAUACUCUGCGAGGUGAGAGGUUUCCAAGAUGGCGAAGAAAUCGUUGGUGGAUAAAACGCCUCAGAACGAAGAUUUUUUAAAAAAUAACGACGAUAUACUGAACGAUGACGAGGAACCAAAUUUUAGCGAUCCCGAAGGAUUUGUCGACGAUAUCACCGACGAAGAACUCCUCGGUGAUAUUUUGAAGCAAAAACCGUCCGAGACAGAUGGAGUGGAAUCGGUUAUUGUUGUCGAUGGGGUCCCCCAAGUUGAACCAGAGAGAUUGGAGAAACUUCAAUCUGUUAUUACCAAAAUUUUAGGGAAAUCUGGAACAAUAGUGAACCAAUAUUAUCCAAAAAAUGAGAACGGAUAUACGAAAGGGUAUAUAUUUCUAGAAUAUAAUAACCCUCUUAAUGCUUUAGCAGCUGCUCAAUCUGUAAAUAAUUACAAAAUUGACAAGUUACAUACGUUUAAAGUAAAUUUAUUUACCGAUUUCAAAAAAUUUGAAGAAAUUCCAGAUGAGUGGGAACCACCAAAACCACAGCCAUUCAAAGCAUCGACAGAUUUACACUAUUAUCUUUUAGAACCAGACGCUUAUGACCAAUUUUGCGUACUUUAUGGAAAUGGUCCUUCCGUUACCGUUCAGGUUUGGCUGAAUUCCGCCCCUGAACCGACGUUGGUCGAAGAUCGUUCCCGUUGGACGGAGACAUAUGUUAAAUGGUCACCGUUAGGAACGUAUUUGUCAACGUUUCACAAACAAGGUGUUGCGUUAUGGGGUGGUCAAGAAUUCGAGCAAAAAGCAAAAUUCAAUCAGAAGGGUGUCGAGUGUAUCGAUUUCUCACCUUGUGAACGUUACUUGGUAACAUAUACACCUCGAACCGAUCUUGGUGCCGAUCAGAAACGUCUCGUCAUUUGGGAUAUCCUUACCGUUAAGGAGAAACGUUCAUUUUACGCAGAUGGUUCUUCGGUGUGGCCUAUUUUCCGUUGGUCACACGAUGAUAAAUAUCUUGCUCGUAUGGGAGAAGAUAUCUUGAGCGUUUACGAAACACCCUCGUUUGGAUUAUUGGACAAGAAAAGUAUAAAAAUCCCCGGAAUCAGGGAUUUCAGUUGGUCUCCAACAGAUAAUGUCCUUGCUUAUUGGGUACCGGAAGACAAAGAUGUGCCAGCUAGAGUCACCCUUCUUGAAAUUCCAAACCGUAUUGAAACGCGUAACAAAAACUUGUUUAAUGUGGCCGACUGUAAGAUUUAUUGGCAAAAGUCGGGUGAUUAUCUUUGCGUGAAAGUCGAUCGUUUUGCCAAGCGUAAAGAGAAAACUGAACAGAAGUAUAUGGGUAUGUCAUACAAUUUUGAAAUCUUUCAUAUGAGAGAGAAACAAAUUCCGGUCGACAGUGUAGAAAUAAAGGAACCGAUCCAUGCAUUCGCUUGGGAACCUGUUGGAAGCAAAUUUGCUAUCAUUCACGGAGAGAUCCCAAGUGUUAAUGUCAGCUUCUACGAAGUGCGAUAUGGCCAUCAGCCUGCUCUUCUCAAAAAAUUGGAGAAAAAAGCUUGCAAUCAUUUGUUCUGGUCACCGUCUGGGCAAUUUAUUGUUCUUGCUGGAUUGACAACCAUGGCGGGAGCUUUAGAAUUUAUCGAUACUAAUGAUUUUACUAUUAUGAACUCGACCGAUCAUUACCAAACUUCAGACGUGGAAUGGGACCCUACCGGGCGAUAUGUUGUAACAGCAGUUUCCAGUUGGAAAACUAGCGUCGAUAAUGGAUACUGGAUAUGGACAUUCCAAGGUCGUAUCUUAAAAAGAGUUAAUCUAAACCAAUUCAAUCAAUUGCUAUGGCGGCCGAGACCGGCAACGUUAUUGACGCCAGAGCAAAUUAAAGAAAUUAAGAAAAAUCUGAAGAAGUAUUCUGCGCAAUUCGAGAGCAAAGAUCGCAUGCGAUUAACGCGCGCUUCGAAGGAAUUAAUUGAAAAACGCUGUGCAGCGAUGAAAUCAUUCGAGGAGUACCGUUCGAAACGUAUCGAAGAGUGGAAUAGCCAGAAAAAGCGACGUUUAGAAUUACGCGAUAAUAUCGAUACUGAUGAAUUAGAUUCCGAUUCCAAGAACGUUGAGGAGGAAGUGAUCGAAUUUUUCGUCAAAGAGGAAAUAUUCUUUCUCGACGAUAAAUAAAACUGUGGGGGAAAAUUUCUUGUCUGCCAUUUUUGGAAAUCUCUAGUGCAAAACCGAUUCAGUAAUUUGUGCAAAGUGUCAUCGAAACAAUUAUCUGCGAGAGUCGCAUUAAUUGUGACUCCUAAUAGUGAACAAUGACUAUUCUAAGUGGUUACGAACAGUUUCUCUUAUAUAAUUUCUGCACUCUAAUUGGAAUUGCUUCCAUUAUUUCGACGUUUCGUAUAAAACGUCGCAAUCAUAGUACUAUAAAGUUUUAUCACGUUCCAUACAGAAUAGUAUGUCAAUCAACAAAUAAUUAUUAUUAUUAUAACCACACGCAACGUACUUUUUAUUUA